AGGGGGUUGAGAGAAAUGCAAAGAGGAAAACAGCUCGUAUUCCGAAAGGCGAGCAGAUGCAACAAGACACACAGAUGGAGAAAUGGAGGAAAAAUGACUGGAAGAAAAGCAAGAAAGCUGAAAGAAACUUUAUCACACAGGUACCUAGUAUGAACUGAGAGGAGAAAAGACCAGAGGAACCAAGUGAUCCAGACAUUAGAAGAAUUAAAUGAGAACGUGUAAAAAAAGGGAGAGAAUACAUCGACAGAGGACUUGAUUGUCCAUUCCUAGGAUAUCCCUUCAUUGCAAAACUGAUCAGGUGAGAAAUGGAGACUGGCCGAGAUUCAGUAAAUGCACACUGGACCUUCCCAAAACCAAAGUCACAUCAUCGAAGAAGCAAAAGUGGAGCAUUUCGGCAUCUUCCAGAUACCCCCAUUAAACCUACUGGAAGUCAACAAGCUCAGAGGCCUGGUGCCCGAGGUAGGAACGAUACUCAUGAUAAAGGCAAACCCAGAAGUCGCACAGGGUUGGGAGCUGAAGAGACACAAACAAUGGAGUCUGCACUAGAACUACAGCCAAGAAGAAUCUUUUCUGCUGAAGAGGUAUCAAAGCUCAUCAAAUCUAUCCUUGAGAAACAACUCCAGGAUUCUGAGUAUGAUGCCACGGGGAGCCAACAAAGGGCUCUGGAGCUGGUGCAGCUUGUUAAGGAGGCAGUGAAGUCACUGGGAUAUGAAAGAUACAAGCUUGUUUGUUAUAUUGUCCUCGGUCCAGUAUCUCAAGGAGCCCUUUGCUGUUGCAGCAGGAGUGUCUGGAGUCCCACAUCAGACACAUAUGCAGAGUUUGUGUUUAGGAAUCAGUCCCUAUUUGCACUCUGUAUUGUGUAUGCUGGGUACUAUGAGUGACACCUGGGGCCAUUCAUUAGACUGCCAAACAAACUUUCUAAAUGUCAUUUCCUGCACAUGUAUUUCUUUAGAAAACCAAUUAGAUAUUCAUGCAUUUUUAACUUAACAUCAAUUCCUCAAUGCAAGCUCUUUCUGUGAAUAUGCUACCUAUGAAUCAAAUAUAGCAGUACAGGUAUGGGACCCGUUAUCCAGAAUUCUCGGGACCUGGGGUUUUCGGGAUAAGGGGUCUU